GGUGAGCGCCGCUGACGCGCGGAGAUGAAAUUCCCGGCCUCGGUGCUGGCGUCCGUGUUCCUGUUCGUGGCCGAGACAACGGCGGCGCUCAGCCUGAGCAGCACCUACCGCUCGGGCGGGGACCGCAUGUGGCAGGCGCUGACGUUGCUUUUCUCGCUACUGCCUUGCGCGCUCGUGCAGCUCACGCUUCUCUUCGUACACCGCGACCUCAGCCGCGACCGCCCGCUCGUACUGCUGCUGCACCUGCUGCAACUUGGGCCCCUUUUCAGGUGUUUUGAAGUCUUCUGCAUCUACUUUCAGUCAGGCAACAAUGAAGAGCCUUAUGUCAGUAUCACCAAGAAGAGGCAAAUGCCAAAAAAUGGCCUCUCAGAGGAGAUUGAGAAGGAGGUGGGCCAGGCAGAAGGCAAACUAAUCACCCACCGAUCAGCGUUCAGCCGGGCGUCGGUGAUCCAGGCUUUCUUGGGCUCAGCCCCCCAGCUGACCCUACAGCUGUACAUAAGUGUCAUGCAGCAGGACGUCACUGUUGGAAGAAGUCUCCUCAUGACCAUAUCCCUGUUGUCCAUUGUGUAUGGAGCCUUGCGCUGCAACAUCCUAGCCAUCAAAAUCAAGUACGAUGAGUAUGAAGUCAAAGUGAAGCCUCUGGCCUAUGUCUGUAUCUUCCUGUGGAGGAGCUUUGAGAUUGCCACUCGAGUUGUAGUCCUGGUCCUCUUUACCUCCGUCCUGAAGACCUGGGUGGUGGUUAUAAUACUCAUCAACUUCUUCAGUUUCUUCUUGUACCCCUGGAUCCUCUUCUGGUGCAGUGGUUCCCCAUUCCCUGAGAACAUAGAGAAGGCCCUCAGUCGGGUGGGCACCACCAUUGUACUAUGCUUUCUAACUUUACUCUAUACUGGUAUCAACAUGUUCUGCUGGUCUGCUGUACAGCUGAAAAUUGACAGCCCUGACCUCAUCAGCAAGUCCCAUAAUUGGUACCAGCUACUGGUGUAUUACAUGAUAAGAUUCAUCGAGAAUGCCAUCCUCCUCCUCCUGUGGUAUCUUUUCAAGACUGACAUCUAUAUGUAUGUGUGUGCACCUCUGUUGGUCCUGCAGCUGCUCAUUGGGUACUGCACAGCCAUUCUCUUCAUGCUUGUAUUCUAUCAGUUCUUCCACCCUUGCAAAAAGCUCUUUUCUUCCAGUGUUUCUGAAGGCUUUCAGAGGUGGCUCAGGUGUUUUUGCUGGGCCUGCAGGCAGCAAAAACCCUGUGAGCCGAUAGGAAAGGAAGAUCUACAGUCAUCCAGAGAUAGAGAUGAGACACCUUCUAGCAGUAAAACAAGUCCUGAGCCUGGUCAGUUCUUGAAUGCUGAAGAUCUCUGCUCUGCUUAAUGGGACCCAAGGUCUCAGAGCACAGGCAUAUUAUUUUCUGGGUUUGAUACUCGUUAUUCAUACAAAUAAUGAGCCCUACACAGGGAACAAGGCAGGAAGUUAGCUGUUAACUCCUUGUGAGCUGCUCCUCUUUAUAGAGCUCUUGGGUAUGUAGAACUGUAUGGGAAGAAGCCAGGAAAACCUCUGAGUGUUGAAGGGGCAACCCAAGGCAUCACAGUUCACAGGUAACCAUGUUGUGUUCUUCUAGGCAUUACUGGCCUUUUCACUGACAAGUUACCCCUGAAAUCUGAGUUGUACUGGUUAGAUUCAUUAGGUUGAAUGAGGAGAGGGGCUUACCUGUUCUCUAGUUUUCCAGACUGCUGGUUUGGGUAACCUGAAGUUUUAUGAUCCCUGAACAUAGUUUUCACCCAAGAGCUGUCCUGGUGACCAAAAAAGAUUACUAGGGUUUUGCCAUCAGCAACGUCAUUCCUGUCAGAGCUUUCAGGGAGGGCUGUUCAAGUUUGGUUUUUGAAUAGACAGAGGUUUCAUUUUCAUCUCAUUAGGGCUUUUUUGUACAUAGCCAACUGUAGCCACCCUGGCAUGCUGUCUCUAAUUGAUUCAAGGGCCUAGAUUUGGAGACUUUGUUCCUUAGCAUCCAUGGAUGCAGAAAUGAGUGAUAAAUUUGGCCAUGAAAGCCCUGGAAUUUUAGGAAAGUUGUGAUUCUUUGAUAAGUUGAUGAAAU